CCCAGGCAGCAGAAGAGAUAGAAGCUAAAAGGUUUUCCCCUCCAGCUCUGCCCCCUCUGGCUCUCCUGUCCCAGCUUCAUGAUGCAGCUCAGUGAUAUCCCGGCCACGUCUCUAGACAAGUUCAUCGAAGACCACCUCCUGCCAGACGAGGAUUUCCACACACAAGUCAAUGAAGCCAUCCACAUCAUCUGCAGUUUCCUGAAGGAGAGGUGUUUCCGAAGGGCCCCCCACCCUGUUCGGGUGUCCAAAGUUGUGAAGGGUGGCUCCUCAGGCAAAGGCACGACCCUCAGGGGCCGAUCGGAUGCUGACCUCGUCGUCUUCCUCACCAAUCUUAAAAGUUUUCAGGAACAACUUCAGCGCCGAGGAGAAUUCAUCAAGGAAAUUAGGAGACAGCUGGAAGCCUGUCAAAGGGAGGAAACAUUUGAAGUGAAGUUUGAGGUCCAGAAACAGCAAUGGGAGAAUCCCCGUGCUCUCAGCUUCGUGCUUAGAUCCCCUCGGCUCCGCGAGUGGGUGGAGUUCGAUGUCCUGCCCGCUUAUGAUGCCCUGGGUCAGUUGACCAAAGGCUACAGACCUGACCCUAAAGUCUACGUCCAGCUUAUCCAAGAGUGCGAGUCCCUGGGGAGAGAGGGCGAGUUCUCCCCCUGCUUCACGGAGCUGCAGCGAGCCUUCCUGAAGGAGCGUCCAACCAAGCUGAAGAGCCUCAUCCGCCUUGUGAAGCACUGGUACCAAAUGUGUAAGGAGAAGCUUGGGAAGCCACUGCCCCCACAAUAUGCCCUGGAGCUUCUGACAGUCUAUGCUUGGGAGCAAGGAAGCAUGGAAACAAGAUUCAGCACAGCUCAGGGAUUUCAAACUGUCUUGGAGUUAGUCCUGAAGCACCAGCAUCUCUGCAUCUACUGGACAGAGUAUUACAACUUUGAAAACCCUAUUAUUGGACAAUACCUGAGAAGGCAACUUGCAAAACCCAGGCCUGUGAUUCUGGACCCGGCUGACCCUACAGGAAACGUUGGUGGUGGAGACCCAUAUAGCUGGCAGCGGCUGGCACAAGAGGCUAGAGCCUGGCUGAGUUACCCAUGCUUUAAGAAAUGGGACAGGUCUCCAGUAGGCUCCUGGGAUGUGCCCCAAGACCAUAGUGACCAGACGUACGAGGCCUAUGGUUUUAGACAGCACUAUGGAACCUCUCCGAGACUCACACUCCAGAACGGGGUCCCUCCCCAGGUGGAAGAGAAUUGGACAUGUGCCAUCCUCUGAACGCCAGAAUCUCUUAAAGAUAGCAUUUUCCCACAGCUCCCUCCCCACCAGAGCCUGUUCUCCGACAAUAUCCUCCAAGAGACAGCAGGAGAGACUCAGACAAAAGAGAGGAACCCCAGUCUUCACACUCUUCCCUGUACCUGGUGGGAGGGUUGUGGUCCAAUUUAUUGUCAAUAACAACAAAAAUAGUAGCAAAUACCAUUUGUUGGGUGUUAAUUAACCACAAGGCACAGAGCCAAGAAGCAUAUCUGCAUAUUAUAUGUGUGUGUGUAUGUGUGUGUGUGUAUUCGUUGAUUCAACUUAAAAUAUUAAUUGAGCACCUGCUACGUGCCAAGCAUCGUUCUGGGCACUGGAACAUAGCAAUGAGCAAAGCAGACAAAAAUCCCUGCCUCAUGGAGCUGACAUUUUGUGGAAUAUUCUACUGUUGGAUAGGCUAGGAUCCUUCCAAUUUUCAAUUACAGGUAAUCCUGAGACAAACAUCUUUGGUUCAUCCUUUGUCCACAUCUCUGAUUAUUUAUCCAGGAAAAGUUUUAGAACUGCCCUGUGUAAUACAGUAGUCACUAUUGAGCACUUGAAAUGUAGCUAGACCCAAUCGAGAUGUGCUUAUCUUUAUACUUUUUUGAAUUUUCAGGUUUUAUUCAUUUUUGGCCAUAAGUUUGU